GCACUAUGACAAUCUGAACAUGACCAAUAACAACAAUAACAACAAUGAAACAAGAAUUCUGCAACGUGGCAAACGUUAUUUGGAAUUUUCCAAGGGUUCACGUAUGUCGUGGCGAACAAAUGGCAAAAAUAAUCUAUGGAAAAUUAACACCCUGUAUUCCUAUGGAUAUGGUUUUCGUGCCAAUUAUCCAUUUCCUGAACCCAAAGAUCAACGCAAAGAUAAUUUGGUAUUCUUUCGACUCUUUAAACGAGAUUUAUUUUCCAAAAUGGAAACUGCUUUGGAUGGACAUGGCUUCGAUGGGCGUGCCUGUUUGCUAAAAUCAUUCUGUACGGCCAAUUAUGAUGUGGACAAGCCGCAACAAAAAAGCGGAAUGCUUUUUAAACUUCUAAAAUUGAUAUUUCGUCGAGCUAAACGUUUUCUAGACAUUAUAGAAACCUCUCGCAUAUUUGUGAGUAUGAAAAUGUUCAAUCAGUCUGUUAUGUGUAUCAUUUAAUUAUCUCAUUCAUAGUUUCGUGUGAAUGCCAAAAAUAAUGUGAUUGCCUCACCAAUUGUGUGGGCUCAUGGUUAUGGCUUUCGUGCCAAUACGCCCAUAUUGGUUAAGCGCGAGAAUCGUCCUUUUCGCAAGGAUACCUAUGAAUUAAUACACGAAUUGAUCGAUCGCAGUGGUUUCGAUGGUCAGGCCUGUGUGCUAAAGGCUUAUUGCACUGCUCUAGCUGGGGAUCAUGGUCAGGGUUUUCUUUUUAAGCUCUUGAAAUAUAUUUUUACCCUGGAGGACCAUGAGAAGCAUCACAUGCCCUAUUUGCGUGAGGAAAACUGUGAACAAAUAAUGCAUAGCCAUUGUCCAUUGAGUUUUGACAGCAUAUCCCCAUAUACGGACGAUGUGUGAGAUAAUAUUUAUAUAUGUAUGUAUAUCUCAACUGUUUGUGU